AUUGUGACUUCAACUGUCAGAUUUGAACUUGGGGGAAAAUAAUCAAAAUAGACAAAAAACGAUGUAAUCAUAUUUGAGUUAGUGCGUUUUUUAUUUCAGUCAAACAAACUAUUCCCAAAUUUUAGCCCAACCAUCGACCGAGUUUGUUGACUGGAAAUUCUAGUGGUACUUAGGGGUAAUUGGAUCAACAGAAGUUAGAGAAAGCAAAGGCAGGAAGCAUGUCAAUAUUUAGGAAUAUUCUUACAAAAACUACUUGUCAGUUAAAGACAUUUUCAAGACUAAGUACCCAGGUCAGAAAAUGUAGCAAUAUUUCUGAGAGUUCCCUACCAGAUAAAGGGCAAGAUGAGUUAAUAGAUUUUGAGGUUUCGACAAAAGAAAUGAAAUAUGUUGAAAGGUUAAUGCCACAGUUAACAGUACCAGAGGUACCAAAACAUUCUUCUUAUCCAACACCAUCAGGAUGGGUUCCACCAAGAGAAGAAGCCCUGUCACUGCCAUAUCAAGUGAGAAGAACAAAGAAUCAUAUGUUGCCGGUGUAUCAUGAACAGACACAUCAAAAUAGACAUUGUGUACACAUAAGAAAGGUGGAAGGAGAUAUUUGGGCCUUAGAAGCAGCCCUAAAGGAGCACUUACAGCAACUAUAUCCUGAUAAACAAUUAACCUCUCAAGUUCAUGAAGUAGCUAGAUCAAUUAGAAUUAAAGGGCAUUAUAUUCAUGAUGUCGCAGAUUUCCUCAUCAGUAAAGGUUUUUAACAAUGUUUGCAACCGAAGAACAGAUACUUUAAUUGCAAAGAUGGCAGAUCAGAUGUAGAAGAAAUUAACUCGCUUUAGAUUGAAAGUAUUUAGUUUAAAGUUGUUACUAGGAUUUAGAUAAAUAUUUAUAUUACCAUAAAAAUUAGUUGGUUUCUCUAUGCCUACCCAUGUCUGUCCAGAAUUGUUGUUAGCACAACAUUUGUUUAAUUAUUCUGAUUUUGUUGUUUACAGAAUGAUUGAGAUCAUUCAACUUACUGAUUUUGCAGAG